AUGGCUGAUGCCCAGAACAUUUCACUGGACAGUCCAGGGAGUGUGGGGGCCGUGGCAGUGCCUGUGGUCUUUGCCCUAAUCUUCCUGCUGGGCACAGUGGGAAACGGACUGGUGCUGGCAGUGCUCCUGCAGCCUGGCCCGAGUGCCUGGCAGGAGCCCGGCAGCACCACGGAUCUGUUCAUCCUCAACCUGGCGGUGGCGGACCUCUGCUUCAUCCUGUGCUGCGUGCCCUUCCAGGCCACCAUCUACACGCUGGAUGCCUGGCUCUUCGGGGCCCUCGUCUGCAAGGCUGUGCACCUGCUCAUCUACCUCACCAUGUACGCCAGCAGCUUCACGCUGGCUGCUGUCUCGGUGGACAGGGUACACUUCGCUGCCAAGUGCAUCUGUGGAUACGGGCCAUCCUCCUGGGCUUCCAAAGCCAGCUGCUGCCCUCUGGGCACAGGGACAAGGAAACACUGUGACCAGGUGCAUAUCUUGGUGCUCAAGACGUUCCCUGUCCCUGGGAAUGCCCUGCUGGUCAGAGACCAAGGCAUUCACUCGGGAGCUGUGUUUGGGUACAACGGCAACCCUGGGCCCAGAGAGUGGGCAGGCUUACCUGGAGGGGAUCACAGUAACAUGGCAGGAACGAAGGACUGGUGCUCCUGCGGCGGGCUGCGGGGGGCUGCUGACAGGACUGAAAACCUCAAGGUGAAUUUUGGGGCUUCAUUACAAUACUAG